CGAACCUGUAUCAUACUCAAGAGACACUUCCUCAACAGUGUGCAAUGCACCGGUGCAGCAAACAACCAAAUCCAGACAUAGCUGGAAAUCCAGCAUGACUUCAGUCGAUAGCGAGUUUCACCAACGGUUCUAGAUUCCUAACGUCUUCAUAUUUCACAAUUAGGCUGGCUAUCUAGCCUAGCUACAGACAGACAGGACGAGAGGGAGAGAGCUAGCAAGGACUGUUACAUUGUGUAGCCUACAGGUGCAGCAGUUAUGAUGUGCCGGAUACAAUGUAUUCAUUUACAGACUGAAAAGUAGUAAUUGCUAGAUAGUUACUGAACAAAUGGUUACAGUUCAAAGCUUACGAAUGAGUUAUAUUGUAACAUAAUGUUCACGCGGGAGAAACAUUCGAUCAAGUAUGCGGUGGUGCACUAGUUUUCAUAAUUAGGCCUUUCUCGAAUUUGGUGGCAUCUGAGAUAAGCACGUUGUGUCUUUAGGACGUUGAUCUGUCGCAUCCACCAUUAAGAAAAGCCGGUAAUAGCGGUUUAAUGUUCUAGUUCGACCAUCCUUUUCUUUGAAUUACAUGCGUACGGAGUAAGACGUUCUGCGCAUAUUCUUCACGUAGCUAGUGUUUCUCAGAUGAUGGUUUAAUUAUUUGAGCUGAAUCUUCGGAAGGAACUGUCUGGACCGUAAAAGUGGAAUUAACGUCACCAAGAUAGAAUGUUUACCAUCACUGAGUUAGCAUCGCUGAAUGACAUCCAGCCGACCUACCGCAUCCUAAAACCAUGGUGGGACGUCUUCAUGGACUACCUGGGGGUGGUCAUGCUCAUGUUGUCCAUCUUUGCCAUGACGAUGCAGAUCACAAAGGACCAGGUGGCGUGCCUUCCCUGCCUGGAGGAAGCGGAGGAGGCGGCAGCAGGGCCAAACUCUUGCACAACUCAAAGUCAGCAAGAAACCACCUCAUCAGCAGUUAGUAUGACGACAGCGCAUGCUACACCAAUGGCCACUAAAUAUCUACCAGACAGUGCAGUACACAAUAUCCAUAACACCCAACCCAUUGUUGUGAAGCAAGAGAGCAAAAUGCAGCAACCCGAGCCCACAGGGAUCCGAACCAACUUAGAUUAUCAGCAGUACAUCUUUGUCAACCAAAUGUGUUACCAUGUUGCCUUGCCCUGGUACUCAAAGUACUUCCCGUACCUUACUCUCAUUCACACCCUUGUGCUUAUGGUCAGUAGUAACUUCUGGUUCAAAUACCCCAAGACAAGCUCAAAGAUUGAACACUUUGUGUCCAUUCUCGGACGAUGCUUUGAGUCUCCGUGGACUACAAAGGCUUUGUCCGAGACAGCCUGUGAGGAUUCUGAGGAGAACAAACAGAGACUGACUGGCACCACUUCAGCACCGAAACAGGUAUCACAGGAAAAUAAAGACGAAAAUUCUGCCAACACAUCUACUCCUAUGCUUGGCAAUACAGGAGUCAAGUUCUCAGCAGAUAAGCCCGUUGCUGAGGCCCCAAGUAUGACUAUCCUGGACAAGAAAGAUGGAGAGCAGGCCAAGGCUCUUUUUGAGAAGGUGAGAAAAUUCCGUGCCCAUGUGGAGGACAGCGAUUUCAUCUACAAGCUCUACGUAGCUCAGACCGUGGUCAAAACGGUCAAGUUCAUUUUGAUUCUGUCAUAUACGUCAACUUUUAUGGCUGCCAUCGACUUUCGCCACAAAUGUGAGCCCGAUAUCAAACACUUAACUGGAUAUAAGCAGUUCUUUUGUACCCACAACAUGGCUUUCAUGCUGAGAAAGCUCCUCCUCAGCUACAUGGCCCUCAUAUUGAUCUAUGGGAUGGUGUGCUUGUAUUCCCUCCACUGGCUUUUCAGGCGCCCCCUUAAAGAGUACUCAUUUGAGAAAGUCAGAGAGGAGAGUAGCUUCAGUGACAUUCCUGACGUGAAGAACGACUUUGCGUUCCUUCUGCACAUGGUCGAUCAGUACGACCAGCUGUAUUCCAAACGGUUUGGUGUCUUCCUCUCAGAGGUCAGCGAGAACAAGCUGAGGGAGAUCAGUCUGAACCACGAGUGGACAUUUGAGAAGCUCAGACAGCUUGUGACCCGAAAUGCCCAAGACCAGCAGGAGCUCCACCUCUUCAUGCUCUCUGGUCUCCCGAAUGCAGUGUUUGACCUCACCGACCUGGAAAUACUUAAACUAGAACUAAUUCCUGAGGUCAGGUUUUCGGCAAAGGUUUCCCAAAUGACCAGUCUGCAUGAGCUGCACCUCUGCCACUGCCCCGCCAAAGUUGAGCAGACAGCCUUUGUCUUUCUCCGUGACCACCUCCGCUGCCUUCACGUCAAGUUCACAGAUGUCGCUGAGAUCCCCACAUGGGUUUAUUUGUUGAGAAGUUUGAGGGAGCUUAACUUGGUAGGCAAUUUAAGCUCAGAAAACAACAAAAUGAUAGGACUAGAGUCCAUGCGAGAUUUGAAACAUCUAAAGACAUUGUAUCUGAAGAGCAACCUCACCAAGAUGCCUUCAAGCCUCACAGAGCUGUCCCCACACCUGAUCAAACUGGUGGUGCACAAUGAUGGUACUAAACUACUGCUACUGAACAGCCUCAAGAAGAUGACAAACCUUGCCGAUCUGGAGCUGCACAACUGUGAGCUGGAGAGGAUCCCCCAUGCUAUUUUCAGCUUAACCAACCUUCAAGAGCUAGACCUCAAAUCCAACAACAUUCGCACCAUUGAGGAGAUCAUCAGCUUUCAGCACCUCAAGAGGUUGACCUGCCUCAAACUGUGGCACAACAAAAUCAUCACCAUUCCAGCCUCCAUAGGCCAGGUCAAGUGUUUGGAGUCACUUCACCUUUUGCACAACAAACUGGAGACGCUCCCGCCAGCGCUGUUCCACCUCCCCAAGCUGAGGCACCUGGAUGUCAGUCACAACUCCAUCACAGUGAUCCCGCCGGAUGUGGGUCUCCUGCAGAACCUCCAGCACUUCGCCAUUAAUGCAAACAAGGUGGAGGUGCUGCCCAAGCAGCUGUUCAGGUGCACCAAGCUGAAGGUCCUGUGUCUGAGCAACAAUGGCCUCACCACCCUGCCUGAGAUGGUGGGUCAGUUGGUGCAGCUCGCUCAGCUGGAGCUGAGGGGAAACUGUCUGGACCGCCUUCCCUCGCUACUGGGGAACUGCCGCCUUCUACGUAAAAACUGCCUCAUUGUCGAGGACCACCUUUUUGACACUUUGCCCAUAGAUGUAAAGGAAAGCCUCAGUCGGGAGACCAAUGUGUCCUUUGCGAGUGGCUUAUAGCUUAAAAUCUCUGAUAUCCUAAACCCUAUUGGUACAGUGAUUAACUGAAAUGUAUAUUAUUACUCACUGAAGCAAUACGCCAUGAAAGUGAGAUGUUAUUCACCAGGAAGUAGCCUUGUAGUUGUAUAAUUAUUUUUGCCUUUUGGAAUCGUCUUCAAUGGGCAAAAACAUGGCACAAUGGUCUUCAAGCCAAAUACUUAAUAAAAGGCAUCUGGCAGAAGUAAAUUCAUCCACAACAUGAAUAUGAUUUUAUAUAUAUCUUAAAUGACUCCGUUUUCACGAAUUUGAUUAUAUAACUUCAACCCCAUUGUAAAGACAUGGGGACAUGACCCGGAAGUAAAGCGGAAAGGGCGGUUACUUUCACAGGGUAUUGAACCACGUUUUAUUGAUUAUAAAUUGCACUAUAAGGUUUGUUCCUUGACACGUUUAACUUAAUAAAGUGAGAGAGAAUGCUUCUCCUCAACGCAGACUGCGUAGCACUAUAAUCAAGUCAUGAUUUAUUGCAUUUAUCGUUUCAAAGUAGUAUUCUUUCAAAUAUUUAAGAAUGUUCAGGAUAAAAAACGCUUUCAGUUGCUUCAUAGGGUAUUAUUGCAUAAUAUUGUUAAUGGGAAUAGAAUUUUAGACUUAUUAACAAAAAUUGUAUUAGCUACUCAGGUAUGAUGUUAACCAUGGGGAAUAGCUUUUCGCCUUAAUUGCUAUUUCUCAGUGAGGGCUUUCAUAAGAAAGGCCAAAACAGAAGAGCUCUCAUGUUUGUCAAAACACUCACUGUCGUUAUUCACAUCACCAUUCAAUGAAAGAACAAAUGCUCUCUUUUCAGUAGUAAUUCACUUUUAUUUAAAUAACAUUUCCUUAAUUUUCUUCAAUGACAUCCUGCAGCCAAGACAUGGUCUGUCAGCAGAGUGACAGUUGUUGUGUGUUGAUAAGAGGGGAUCCUCAGUCAACUGGGAACUGUUUAGGGCGGCAGGUAGCUUAGUGGGUAAGAGCAUAGUGCCAGUAACCGAAAGGUCGCUGGUUCUAAUCCCCGA